UUUUUUUUUUAAACAAACUUGGUCAUUGGUAGUUGGUGUAUUUAUUUAUAUUUAUAUUUUUAUAUUAUAUAUAUGAUGGGUGUUUUUCACUCGGUGGAUGCUUUGGAUGAUCCGCUUGACUUUGGUCCUUUGCAUCCACAAGGUCUUUAUUAUAACCCUUUACCCGAUUAUGAUGUCAAGGUUGUCAAGCGAUUGAUAAAGGAAGGUCGACUAGCACCUUUCUAUCAAGGAUACUCUGAAGUCCCGGAUAUUCGUAAUGGUAGUCAAGUUGAUCUACUUACUUCUGCUUCUCAUGGUCUUAUUCACUCCAACUCAACAAACAACAACAACAACAGCAACAACAACAACAACAAGAAUAGCAGCAUGCUGGCCAUGACUGCUCGACGAAUGAGUCUCUUUUUAGCAAGUCAUAUACCUGAAAAUGUUCAAAAAUACGUCCUUUACAAAGACACUGUGGAGUGCCCUAUUUGUUUUUUGUUUUAUCCUCCGUUUAUCAAUCGAACUCGGUGCUGUGGAAAAGUGAUAUGUACUGAAUGCUUUUUACAAUUGAAAAGGUCAGUUGACUCUCCCUCAUUGCCAAUACCGUGUCCUUUCUGUAUACAACCUCAUCUUGGUAUCGUACGUGUCCCACCUCCAUGGAGUCUCCAUUAUGCCAGCUUUUGCAAUAGAAGAGCAGAUUAUUUACAUGAUCAACAAAUGGGAAAAAGGAAACGGCUCUAUAUAUAUGAUCCUGAUGUUGUACUUGUUGAUCAUGUUCGACCGAACUGGCAGGAGAUUUUUGGAUCAUCAUCAAAGAACAACAUUUCAAGCAAUGGUACUACUCGCCGAACUAUUGUACGACCACUUCGAACAUCAGUACCAAGCAGUAUGACUGAUUUUGUUUCAGAUGUAUCGUCCUUUAUGAAUUCAUUGAAUGAUCCACCUGAAGAAUCUCUUGUUAUGGAAUAUCUACGAUCAAAUUCUUCAAGUCUUACUCGACGAGAAAUCACGGAAAAGGAAUCGCCAUGAAUGGAAGACAACAAUUUUAUGAACAUCAACGCAUAGUUUAUCAUAUUUACUUUGUAGUUUACAAUAUAGUUUACAUUCCCUUUCUUCCUUCUCUGGUCUAGUAUGUUAUGAUUCCUAUAGAAUAUAUAAUUU